AAACUAUUAGAUGUCUGUAAAGCCAAACGUCUAUCCAAUAUUCAAGUAUAUCUAUUUUUUUUUCCUGAAUAGAAGGGUUGAUAUCUUUUUACCUUUUACUUCAGUUCUCAUAUUCUUUCAAACCUUACCUUGCCUUUAAAAUAUCACACUCACCCUCCUUUGAUCAUGGCUCAAGUGCAACAACCCAAAACUCCUCUGGAGAUACUGCAGAUCCAGAUAAAUGCUGUUGUAUGUAUCAUUGCCUUAAUGAUUAAAACAUAGACUCACCUCUUUUAGCUUAUAGAAACUGGUAAAGCUCUUCGUGCAACAGGUCUAGAAGGAGGGAAGACAAUGGCCAUUUCCGCUAUAAGACUUCACUCAACCAUUCCCUCUAUUACCGACAAUUUUCACCGCGCUCUAGAUGAUCUUGAAGCUCAAAUUGUAAGUGGGCUAUCUCAAGUCACCAAUCGUAUGGUCUUAACAUGAGGCUACAGGUACGAGCAAAAUCGGCCUUGGGACGAGAUUUAGAAGCGUUACGGUCGAAACGAAUUGCGACAGAGAACCCUCCAAUCCAAUUGAUCAAUGAACCCGACGCAUCUCAGCCCGCAUCACCCCCGCAUACGAAAUUUGAUGAUCAAGCUGUAGCAAUGGAGGAAGAGAGAGUUCGAGAAGUUACCCCUCUCCAAACAAUUUCGACAGAAGAGGAAAACCUGGUCAAAAAUGACCCAUCGAAGGAAAUUGUGUGUGAGGAAGAGAGGAAAGAGGCCAUGGUUUUAUCUCCACCGAGUACGAAUGACAAUAAGUCGCAGGCUGUCCAUUUGGGACGAAACACCACACUUUCAGCAUCUGUCGGUGCCCCUGCACCUGCCACAGUAGGCAGACAAGAUUCUUCAAUCGAUUCACUCUUCGAUAUCCCUGAAAAUGCUGCGAAAGAAGACUCUGCACCUGUUAAUUUUGAUAACAUGGGUUUCACAAUGCUGGAUGCAACCACAAACACUCAAAGUCUGGACAAUAACCAGACACAAAAUACAGAGCUUGACCUCUCCACAUUUGGGAGCAAUCCGCAAGAUUUCAACAUAAACGAUCUCCAACCUUCUCAUGAAACUUCUUCUAACAACGCGAAAACCUCUACAACAAAUGGCAAAGGAAAUAUGGUGGACGACCUCCUUGACAUGACUGGUGGCAGUCGUGCGAACAACAACAGCAACAAUAUUAAUAAUAACAAUAACGGUAUGGACCUGGACUUAGACCUCGAUGAUAUGGUUGGGGCAGAGGAAAGUGUAUUUGACGAUUUGUUUUUCGGCGGUGAUGACGAUGCAAAUGUAGGCGGAGAACUGAGCGAAAUGGAGCAUGGCCAAUUUGAUAAUGCAUUCUUUGGUAUCGACUGAAAAUUUCUUAGAUAUAUCAAUUAGUAGGAGAACAGUUCAAGGGAAAGAAGGGUAUUAUCCUAGGAACAUGGCUUUUGGCACAGAAAAGGAAUGUGAGUGAUUUCCACAUACGGGGUCUAUUCAAUAUUUGGAUGGGAUUGGCAAAAACAA